GUCCUUUCGCAUUUUCCGUACAAAACCCUUACGAGUUGCCGUAGUCAAAUUCAGUUGACACAUGCCGUGUUUACAGGGACGCAAAUAUUUACCAUUUGAGUUUUAUGUAGUUAUAGAGCUUUAUUACUUUGCCCCAUUCAUCACAUAACGCCUCCUCAUAAAUUGGAAGGAUGGCUGGCCACGCCCCUUCUGUUGCCAUGGAGGCUGUCCUAAAGCCCAGCUGUGAGCUCCCUGAGGACAUGCCGAAAAUCCGAGGUUACGAUUUUAACCAGGGCGUGGAUCUCAAGGCGGUCCUGAAGUCUUAUGUCACCACGGGCUUUCAGGCCAGCAGCUUGGGUCUGGCCAUCCAGGAGAUCAACCGCAUGAUAGAGAAGCGUCUUGAACCAGUGGAGGUAGACGAGGGCGACGAGUCCGGCGACCCUCCCCACAAGGCCGGCUGCACCAUCUUCCUGGGAUACACCUCUAACCUCAUCAGCUCUGGCGUCAGGGAGAGCAUUCGCUAUCUGGCAGAACAUAAAAUGGUGGACGUGAUUGUUACCACAGCGGGAGGCAUUGAGGAGGAUCUGAUCAAGUGUUUGGCUCACACUUACCUGGGAGACUUUAGCCUGCCUGGCAAGGAGCUCCGCCUGAGAGGCAUCAACAGAAUAGGGAAUCUGUUGGUUCCCAAUGAUAACUACUGCAAGUUUGAAGACUGGUUGAUGCCCAUUCUGGACCAGAUGUUGCUGGAGCAGAACACAGAGAGUGUCCGAUGGACGCCCUCUAAAAUGAUCCAUCGACUUGGAAAGGAGAUAAAUAAUCCUGAGUCCGUCUAUUACUGGGCUUACAAGAAUAACAUCCCCGUGUUUAGCCCCGCUCUCACAGACGGCUCUCUGGGCGACAUGAUCUACUUCCACUCGUUCAAGAAGCCCGGUUUGGUUCUAGACAUAGUGGAAGACAUUCGCCGGCUGAAUGGGCUGGCGGUUUUUGCUAAGAGGACAGGAAUGAUCAUCCUGGGUGGAGGACUGGUUAAACAUCACAUAGCCAACGCUAACCUUAUGAGGAACGGAGCCGACCAUGCCGUGUAUGUGAACACGGGUCAGGAGUUCGACGGUUCUGACUCUGGAGCCCGACCCGAUGAGGCCGUAUCCUGGGGGAAAAUCAGAACAGAUGCCAAACCUGUAAAAGUGUACGCAGACGCCUCUCUGGUUUUCCCUCUCAUGGUGGCCGAGACCUUCGCCCUGCACGCCGACAGACUGACCGCUGGAGAGAAGAUGGAUUAAUUCCUUUCUCCCGUUUAGUUUGUUGUUUUUAAACAACAUCCUGUCUUCCUGAUUUAUUUAUUUUUUUGUAAUUGCAGAAACCUUUGUGUUGAUAAAGUUUUCAGUUUAGUCUCUUUUUAAAGUUCUUGAAUGAGUGUGAAGAUUUAAAGAACCAAGGCUGCUCUCUAAUGCUUUCUGUGCUAACAAGUAUUCUCCCCUCUGUUUACGGCACGAGUGUGAUGCGGAUGCAUGUCCCAGACUCGAAGGGUGUGUGUCAAACACCAGAACCUCUUAGAAACCCGUUUUACUGUCGCUGCAGCUCCGCUGUUCCCAUCAGUUCCUAGGCUGCAGCAGACCUUUGCUGUCCCUGGGUGGAGGCGCCGCCUGGGUUUAAUAAAUGAUGAAUAAAC